AUUUUUAUUUGGCAGUAGUGGUGUUUUUUCUCUAACUUCUUCUUCUUCGUCGUCAUCGAUUCUCUUCUGCAAAUGUAAUAGGAAACUCAAAGAUUUUACUCAAGAAAACAAAAUGAGUACAGUGGAUAAGAUGUUGAUUAAAGGAAUCAGGAGUUUCGAUCCUGAAAACAAACACGUUAUCACUUUCUUUAGACCUUUAACCCUAAUUGUUGGUCCUAAUGGUGCCGGUAAAACGACGAUUAUCGAGUGCUUAAAGCUUUCAUGUACUGGAGAGUUGCCUCCAAAUGCAAGGUCUGGUCAUAGUUUCAUACAUGACCCCAAGGUUAAGGGGGAGACAGAAACAAAAGGGCAAAUAAAACUUAGGUUUAAGACGGCAGUUGGUAAAGAUGUUGUAUGUAUUAGGUCAUUCCAGUUGACUCAAAAGGCUUCGAAAAUGGAGUAUAAGGCUAUUGAGAGUGUUCUGCAGACAAUUAAUCCUCACACUGGAGAAAAAGUUUGCCUCAGCUAUAGAUGUGCAGAUAUGGAUAGGGAAAUUCCUGCAUUGAUGGGCGUUUCAAAAGCUAUUCUGGAAAAUGUUAUAUUUGUGCACCAAGAUGAAGCCAACUGGCCGUUGCAAGAUCCUUCAACUUUAAAAAAGAAGUUUGAUGAUAUUUUUUCUGCUACUCGAUACACAAAAGCAUUGGAGGUCAUAAAAAAGCUCCACAAGGAUCAAAAUCAGGAGAUAAAGACUUACAAGCUGAAGCUGGAAAAUCUUCAAACCUUAAAAGAUGCUGCGUAUAAGCUUCGUGAAAACAUUGCAGUGGACCAAGAGAAAACAAACUCUCUGAAAACUCAAAUACAAGAUCUUGAAAGGAACAUACAAAAGAUGGAUACGAAGAUGCAACAGGCAGAAUCAACACUAAAAGAUUUGCGGAAUCUUCAGGACGAAAUAUCAACUAAAACCACUACCAGAAGUACUUUAUUUAAGCUUCAGCAGACACAGUAUGGUGCCCUAGAAGAGGAAAAUGAAGACACUGACGAGGAGUUGCUGGAGUGGCAAACCAAGUUCGGAGAAAGGAUUGCACUUUUAGACGAUAAAAUUCAAAAGCUGGAGAGGGAAAUGACUGAUACUGAGACAAAACGUGGAUACCUAAGUGAAGCAAUUAAAGAAUCUACUCUGGAAAUUGGCAAGCUUCAACAUGAAGCUGAUGAACAGAGGAAAUUGAAAUAUAAGCGUGAUACUUCCAUUCAAAGCCUUUUCCAAAAGCACAAUUUAGGGCCGCUUCCAAGUAUUCCCUUCAGUGACGAGGUUGCCAUUAGCCUCACAAAUAGAGUUCAAACAAGGAUCGCCGAUCUUGAGAAGGACAUACAAGACAAAAAGAUGUCAAAUGAUUUGGAACUACAAGUCUUGUGGGAGAGCUAUGUGGCUGCAAAUAUGCGCUACAGUUCAUUAGAAGCUCAAAAGCAGGCAAAAUUAACAGCGAAGGAAGGUGUUAUUAAGCGCAUCAAGGAGAAAGAAUAUGAGCGAGAGAUUGCUGAGGGUCAGCUUUCAAAGUAUAAUCUGUCUCAUAUUGAUGAAAAGGAAAAACAAAUGCAAACAGAGGUUGUGAAAAAGACCCAUCAACUUGAAGAGAGAAAUUUUGAGUCCAAUAUCAACCAGAUUGGAGCCGAGCUCUAUACUAUAGCUCAAAAAACUGAAGUACUUAAUCGUGAGAGGGACGUUCUGGCUAGUGAUUCAGAUGACAGAAUAAAGUUGGACUUAAAGAGAACGGAACUGGAAAUCCGCCAGAAGAAGCACAAAAAGAUAAUUGACGAUCACAAGGACAAAAUAAGAGGCAUGCUUAAAGGGAGGCUUCCAUCUGACAAGGAUCUGAAAAAGGAAAUCACUCAAGCCGUUAGGACCCUUAAGAAAGAGUAUGAUGACAUGAACUCGAAAUCCAUCGAAGCAGAAAAGGAGGUGAAAGUGCUCCAGAUGAAAAUUCAAGAUGUAAAAAUUAAUAUUGCCAAGUUUCAGAAAGACACGGAUGCAAAGAAAAGAUUUGUUGACUCAAAACUACAAUCCUUGGUUCAGCAGUCCUAUUACAUCGACUCUUUUCCACAAGCUUUGAAUGAAGCAAUGCAAAAAAGAGAUGAGAAGAAAAGCAAAUACAACAUUGCAGAUGGUAUGCGGCAAAUGUUUGAUCCUUUUGAAAGAGUUGCACGUGCUCAUCAUCUUUGUCCCUGCUGUGAGCGUCCUUUCUCCGCGGAAGAGGAGGAUGAGUUUGUUAAAAAGCAAAGGGUUAAGGCUAGUACUUCUGCAGAGCAUUUGAAGGUUUUAGCAUCUGAGAGUUCACAUGCCGACUUAUUGUUCCAGCAAUUGGACAAGCUUCAGAUAAUGUAUGAGGAAUAUCUCAAGCUUGGCAAGGAAACAAUACCUCAAGCAGAGAGAAAUUUAAAACAUCUGAAUGAAGAUUUGGAUCAGAAGUCCCAGGCGCUUGAUGAUGUUUUGGGAAUUUUGGCCCAAUUGAAGUCUGAGAAGGAAUUGGCCGAAGCCUUGAUUCCACCUGUUGAAACUGCUGACAGGUUUUCAUCCGAGAUGCAAAUAUUGCAGGAGGAAAUUGACAACUUGGAGGAAAAACUUCAUGUUCAAGGCCAAGGUUUUAAAUCCUUGGAGGAAAUUCAGUCGGAGUUGAGAGCUCUGGAGAGAACAAGGAAUAACCUGGACAAUGAUAAAACAAAGCUAUGGAAUGAACAUAAGUAUAUGACCAGUGAUCUAUCGAGCAUUCAGAAUCGUUGGCAUGCUCUUAGAGAGGAAAAAACAGAAGCAUUAAAUAUAUUGGAUAGAGUCAAAAGUGCAGACGAGGAUUUAGAUCGUUUGGCAGAGGAUAAAGAGCAAAUUGAUCUCGAUGAGAAGCAUUUGUCGGAGGCCCUUAUUCCUUUGUCCAAGGAGAAAGAGAAAUUGCUUAGAGACCAUAGUGAGUUGAAAUCAAAACAUGAGGAAGAAUUUGAAGAGCAGUCUAAAGUUAAAAGCAGUUACCAGAUGGAAUUUGAGUCUCUUUUAGAAAUUACUUCCAAAAUUAAAGAGUAUAAUGAUUUAAGGAAAGGAGAAAGGCUAAGAGAAUUAAGUGAGAAACUAUAUCUUUCUGAGUCUGAACUUCAGAAUUAUGAGACAAAGAAGGAUGAAAUUUCUGGGGAGUUGAACAAAAGUAAAGAAUUGAAGGGGAGUCAAGGUCAAUUAAAAAGAAAUAUUGAUGAUAACUUGAAUUAUAGGAAGACAAAAGCUGAAGUUGAUGAGCUUGAAAAAGAGAUUGAAUCACUGGAAGAUAGUAUUCUGAGGAUUGGAGGAGUCUCCACUUUUGAAGCUGAACUUAAAAAGCAUAAGCAAGAAAAAGAGAGACUUCGUUCAGAGCUUGACAGGAGUCAUGGAACAUUGUCUGUUUAUCAGAGUAAUAUUUCGAAGAACAAACUUGACCUUAAACAGGCUCAGUACAGUGACAUUGACAAGCGAUACUUUAACCAACUGAUCCAGCUCAAGACAACUGAAAUGGCAAAUAAAGAUCUUGAUCGAUAUUACAAUGCGCUUGACAAAGCACUCAUGCGUUUCCACUCAAUGAAGAUGGAGGAAAUAAAUAAGAUAAUAAGGGAGUUGUGGCAGCAAACAUACAGGGGACAGGACAUAGAUUAUAUAAGCAUUCAUUCUGAUUCAGAAGGUGCAGGGACUCGAUCUUACAGCUACCGGGUCCUCAUGCAGACUGGCGAUGCAGAACUAGAAAUGCGUGGAAGAUGUAGUGCUGGUCAGAAGGUUCUUGCUUCGCUAAUAAUACGGUUGGCAUUAGCAGAGACUUUUUGCCUCAACUGUGGUAUACUGGCUCUGGAUGAACCAACAACAAACUUAGAUGGUCCCAACGCUGAGAGCCUUGCUGCAGCUCUCCUCAGAAUAAUGGAGGAUAGGAAAGGUCAGGAAAAUUUUCAGCUUAUUGUAAUCACUCACGAUGAACGAUUUGCUCAGCUAAUUGGUCAGCGGCAACAUGCAGAAAAAUACUACCGCGUCACUAAAAACGAACAUCAACAUAGCAUUAUUGAAGCUCAGGAGAUAUUCGAGUGACAGUCUAUGUGAGGGUCUUCUGUCCUAAUCUUAAUGGUUAUAUUACAACAGGAGUUCUCUACUUUCAGAUCCCACAUUUCUUGAUUGGUUUACCCAUUGUACAGUUUUUUAUGGGUGCAAAGUUUAUGGAGAUCAGAGAUGUAAGUAAAUCUUCGAGACGUUUUUCUCUCAAGUAGAAGGAAUUUGGGGUCUGUUUUGCAGGCAGAAGCUGUGUACAGUUGUUACAUUCGAUUAAUUGCUAUUAUAUUGCCAAUCAAACGAGUUAACCCUUGUUUAUUAAAUUUUUAUAUUGCAAGUAAUUUGAAACAUCGUGGUUCUGACCAACUGGGAUUAGCCCAGUUGGCUAGGGGUUGAACUUCCAAGUGAUAGGUUAGGGUUCAAUUCCCGCUGCUCUUCAGACUUUCAACACAUCAAAUGUUUAGAACUUAUGAAAUGCUUUAUAAACACCUCUCGAAGAUUAAUCUCAUGGCAAUCUUUUAAUA